AUGAAACUUAUCUCGAAACAUAUCGUCACAGUUCAUGAUUUAAUUGUUGAUGAACGAGCUGAACAUAUUCUACAGUUAUGUUCAAUUAAUACAUUAGUUGCUCUUACUGAUAAGAUUUUCGAGUUUGCUCUUCUAUGGUGUGCUAAAACUUAUGAUAAAGAAGAUGAAGAUUGGAAUAAUCAAAAUGAAUCUGAAGAAAAUCAAUUGCCAAUCAUUAUGGAUGAUCUUCCAAUCACUGAUGACGAUUUUUUCAUUUCUAAAAACAUUCAAUGUGCCGCUACUGGAGAUUUCAUCAAUGCUGAAAUAGCAUCAAAGAUGACAACCAUGAAAUCGUUAGGAUUGGAAAAGUAUUCUGGUGGAAGAUUGAGUCGUCUGUUUAAUUUAGCAUUUGAAAAAUUACUCAAAAACUAUGAACUUUGUAGAACAGCAAGUGGCAUUGUUUUAACUGGACUUGAAUUACGUACAACAAAGAAUGAUCCAUUUUUGACACGUAAGAUAUAUAUAACACCAUCAACCAUUCUUUAUGAAGGUCCUUAUUGUGAAGAAAAAUGUGCUGUUACGCGCGAGUAUGUUCAAUAUCAAGAUCGAUUUCUUCGCGUAACUUUUCGUGAUGAAGCUUUUUCAAGUUCACAAUUACGUGAACAUUCUUGUUGGAUGUUUGCUUCACCAGACGAUCGUACAACAGUUGAUACUAUUCGUGAAUGGAUGGGUGACUUUCGAAAUGUUCAUCCUGUAGCCAAGUUAGCUGCUCGUUUAGGACAAUCAUUUUCAGCUAGUAUUAAAGGUAUUCAGUUGGAAAGUCAUCAAAUAAAGGAAAUAUCGGAUGAGAAAAGAUGCACAACAGAAAUAAAUGGUAUUCAUGAAUAUUGUUUCACAGAUGGUAUUGGCAUUAUUUCUCUUCCAUUGGCCAAAAGACUAGCUAGAACUAUGAAAUUACCUGAAACAGUUUGUCCAUGUGCAUUUCAAAUUCGUUGUGGUGGCUAUAAAGGUAUGGUUUGCUUGGAUAUCACUUGUCAGAUUAACAAUCCAAAUAUAGAUGUUUACUUUCGUGAAUCUAUGAAUAAAUUUGCUACAAAAACUCUUUCUAUUGAUGUUAUACGUACAUCAUUACAUCCAACAGUUGCAUAUCUGAAUAGACAAAUAAUUUUACUUUUGUCAUCUCUUGGCAUUAGCAACCAGAUUUUUCUUUCAUUACAAGACGAUAUGCUAAAAAUGUUAAAAGCAUUAGAAGGUAAUUUUCUUGAAGCAUGCGAAAUAUUAAAAAAACUGAAUAACUUUGAUGAAAAUGGUUAUCAUGGAUUUUUAAUUUCAUAUUUAAAACAUUUACGUGAACAACGAGAUCCAUUUGUUCGACAGCUUAUUCGUAUUAUUCGAACUUCUCUUGUUAAAGAAUUACGAACAAAAGCAAAAAUUUUUGUACCAAAUUCAUGGUCUUUAUUGGGAGUGGUAGAUGAAAGUCGAAUACUCAACUAUGGUGAAGUUUUUAUUCAAAUCGAUUCUAAUAAUGAGCAAAGAGAUGAGUCAACAAGAGAAAUUUUUCGAGGUCCCGUAGUAGUAACAAGAAAUCCAUGUUUUCAUCCAGGUGAUAUUCGAAAACUGACAGCAGUCGAUGUACCUGCUUUACACAGUUUAAAAAACGUUAUUGUUUUUCCUAUGAAUGGACCUCGUCCUCAUCCUGUAGAAAUGUCUGGCGGUGACCUUGAUGGCGAUACAUUCUGGAUAAGCCGUCAUCCAGAUUUAAUAUUCAAAGAAAAUGAAGAUCCAUUUGAUUAUCAAGAUCAAGAUCAUGAAGCUAAUAAAAUGCAAACAACCAAUGAUGUCCAACAUACGAUUGAAGAUGUUUGUAAUUUUUUUGGUGAAUAUAUUGCAGCUGACAAUCUUGGUCUUAUUGCCAAUAGUCAUCUAGCUCUUUCAGAUCAAUUAGAAGAUGGCGUCCGAAACAAAAACUGCCUUCAAUUAGCUAAAAUGCAUAGUGUGUCUGUAGAUUUUGCCAAAAAAGGAAUCAAUGCACCUCAUCUUACAAAAGAGCUUCGUCCUUCACAAUAUCCACAUUUUAUGGAAAAAAACGACAAGCUAACAUAUCGUUCAAAAUCUAUUCUCGGUCAACUCUAUGAUAAAACUCCGUUUUAUAAUAGCGACAUACAUAUUGAUGAAGAAGAAGAAAUCAGAGCAACAUCAUCAUUUCCCUAUAAAUCGUUUUUUAUUGCUGGUAGCAAAAACUAUAUAAAAGAUGCUCGAAUUAUAAAAGGUGAAUAUGACCGAGACAUAUUAAGAAUCAUGCGACAAUAUGGCAUUCAAAAUGAAGCGGAAAUUGUAUCAGGUUGCCUUCUUAAAUUUACUUCAAAACAAUAUGCAAAAGAAACUAAAAUUUUCGAUUUAAGAAAUGAAAUUACACAUGCAUACAAAGUCAUACGAGAUAAGUAA